ACCGGUGGGUCCGGUCGGAGCCAUAAUCUCACACUUUAGACUACGUGUCGUAAUAUAUUGCCGUUGAUCAAUCGCGGAUGUAGGAAGCGGUGUCUUGUAGCUAAUCAUGUACGGGACGGUGCAUGAACGGUGAUGGAGCCUCAUACGGAAGAGAAAAGGCUAAGAGAUAGAUUUAUCGAUUUAUAGAGAGGGCGAGAAAGAAAGAGAGAGAGAGAGAGAGAGAGAGCUUCUCUUAAGACCACACCUAUCUCUUCCUCUUCGGCCGACCAUAGAAUACUAAGAAUAGGGUCUCUCUCUUCUCUCUGAAGAAAGACCCUGUCUCUCUUUCUGAAAAUUUCAUUUUAUUUAAUUGAAAGUUUAUCCAAAUAAGGGGUUUUAGACUGCUAAGUUGAUAUCAUGGCUAGAGUUCUGGUUCAGUCAACUAAUAUUCCUGGUGUGGUUGCUGGGAGAAGGCUUGGUCAAUCUAAAGGGUCGGGAAAUGCCAAAAGGACAGUCAAGAUGUGUUGUACUUUACGAGCACCUGGAUUGAGAAUAAGCAGUUUCUCAGGACUCCGUAGUGUUAAUGCUUUAGAUAUUAUGGCGAAACCUGGGCAAGACUUUUAUUCCAGGAUGGGAGUUGCAAUCACUUCCCGUCGAAAGGCUAGCAGAUGUGUGCCUAAAGCCAUGUUUGAGCGCUUCACAGAAAAAGCAAUUAAAGUAAUUAUGCUUGCACAAGAGGAAGCAAGGCGACUUGGUCACAAUUUUGUUGGCACAGAGCAGAUACUUUUGGGUCUUAUCGGUGAAGGAACUGGCAUUGCUGCCAAGGUCCUUAAGUCCAUGGGAAUUAAUCUUAAAGAUGCACGUGUUGAAGUGGAGAAGAUAAUUGGAAGGGGUAGUGGAUUUGUUGCAGUUGAAAUUCCAUUCACUCCUCGUGCGAAGCGAGUUUUGGAGCUGUCACUGGAGGAAGCUCGCCAACUUGGCCAUAACUAUAUUGGAUCCGAGCACUUGCUUCUGGGCUUACUUCGGGAGGGUGAGGGUGUAGCAGCUCGUGUUCUUGAAAAUUUAGGUGCUGACCCUAGUAACAUUCGCACACAGGUUAUCCGUAUGGUGGGUGAGAGCACAGAGGCUGUUGGUGCCGGUGUUGGAGGAGGAAGCAGUGGUAAUAAGAUGCCGACUCUAGAAGAAUAUGGGACCAAUUUAACUAAGCUAGCAGAGGAGGGUAAGUUGGAUCCCGUUGUUGGAAGACAACCACAAAUUGAACGUGUUGUGCAAAUUUUGGGUAGGCGGACUAAGAAUAAUCCCUGCCUUAUUGGAGAACCUGGUGUUGGGAAGACUGCAAUUGCAGAAGGCCUUGCUCAACGGAUUGCAACUGGUGAUGUUCCUGAAACCAUAGAGGGAAAGAAGGUUAUAACACUGGAUAUGGGUCUUCUUGUUGCUGGUACAAAGUACCGUGGAGAGUUUGAGGAAAGAUUAAAGAAGCUCAUGGAGGAAAUUAAACAAAGUGACGAGAUAAUUUUGUUUAUUGAUGAGGUGCACACUUUAAUUGGAGCGGGAGCAGCAGAAGGGGCAAUUGAUGCCGCAAAUAUAUUAAAACCAGCUCUUGCAAGAGGUGAACUGCAGUGCAUUGGUGCCACAACUCUUGAUGAAUACAGAAAGCACAUAGAGAAAGAUCCAGCCUUGGAAAGGCGUUUCCAACCAGUCAAAGUUCCUGAACCAACUGUGGAUGAAACCAUUCAGAUUUUGAGAGGACUUCGAGAGCGAUACGAGAUUCACCACAAGCUCCGCUACACUGAUGAAGCCCUGGUAUCUGCUGCACAGCUAUCAUACCAGUAUAUCAGUGAUCGCUUUCUGCCUGAUAAAGCAAUUGACUUGAUUGAUGAAGCUGGUUCUCGAGUUCGUCUUCGUCAUGCACAGCUACCUGAAGAAGCUAGAGAGCUUGAGAAAGAACGGAGGCAGAUCACUAAGGAGAAGGAUGAGGCUGUUAGAAGCCAAGACUUUGAAAAGGCUGGGGAAUUACGUGACAGAGAAAAGGACCUUUCGGCACAGAUCUCAGCUGUUGUUGAUAAAGGCAAGGAGAUGAGUAAGGCAGAGAGUGAGGCAGGAGAUGUAGGUCCUCUCGUGACUGAAGUGGAUAUUCAACAUAUUGUGUCCUCCUGGACUGGCAUUCCAGUUGAGAAGGUGUCAACUGAUGAAUCGGACCGCCUCCUCAAGAUGGAAGAAACCCUCCAUACGCGAGUCAUUGGUCAGGAUGAAGCAGUCAAGGCUAUUAGUCGUGCUAUUCGCCGCGCUCGUGUUGGACUGAAGAAUCCUAAUCGUCCUAUUGCUAGUUUCAUCUUUUCUGGUCCAACUGGUGUUGGGAAAUCUGAGCUUGCAAAAGCUUUGGCUGCUUACUACUUUGGUUCUGAAGAAGCCAUGAUUCGGCUUGAUAUGAGUGAGUUCAUGGAAAGACACACUGUUUCCAAGCUCAUUGGUUCUCCCCCAGGUUAUGUUGGUUACACUGAGGGAGGUCAGCUGACUGAAGCCGUUCGACGACGUCCUUACACAGUGGUGCUUUUUGAUGAGAUUGAGAAGGCUCAUCCCGAUGUCUUCAACAUGAUGCUUCAAAUACUUGAGGAUGGAAGAUUGACUGACAGCAAGGGCAGAACUGUGGAUUUCAAGAAUACACUUCUGAUAAUGACGUCUAAUGUUGGAAGCAGUGUAAUUGAGAAAGGAGGCCGUCGUAUAGGAUUUGACCUUGAUUACGAUGAGAAGGAUAGCAGUUACAAUAGAAUUAAGAGCUUGGUGACAGAGGAACUGAAACAGUACUUUAGACCAGAGUUCUUGAAUAGGUUGGACGAAAUGAUUGUCUUCCGACAGCUCACUAAGCUGGAGGUAAAGGAAAUAGCAGAUAUAAUGCUCAAGGAGGUUUUUGAGAGGUUGAGGGUUAAAGAGAUAGAGCUUCAAGUGACAGAGAGGUUUAGGGAUAGAGUGGUUGACGAAGGAUACAACCCAAGUUAUGGAGCAAGGCCUCUAAGAAGAGCCAUAAUGAGACUUUUGGAGGACAGCAUGGCUGAGAAGAUGCUUGCAAGGGAGAUCAAAGAAGGCGACUCGGUUAUCGUGGAUGUCGAUUCUGAUGGCAAUGUGACUGUGCUCAAUGGUAGCAGUGGUUCUCCCGAGUCUUUGCCCGAGGCAAUCCCAGUUUGAAAGUUAACAUAGCCGCUUUUGUUAAUCUUCUGCCAAUAUGUUUGUAUUUUUUUCAUUUGCGCUUUGCAAUUGAACAGUCUACUCCAAAAAGGACUAGUUGGUAGCGGUAAUUGAAAGCUGUUUGUUUAAUGGUUGACUUGACUGUUCAAGGCUGUACCAGUUUAUACAGAAGAAUAGCAUGCAUAGUUCAGUCACAAAUGGUAGGGUUAGUACUUUUUUCUUUUAGAUCCCUCCUGUGGUGAAAUUAGUGUUGGGAAUGCUAGUAUUUCUAAUAAAGAAUUUUAACACAUUCAUGUUGUUUUAA